AUGGACAUUCAGAUUCGUCAAUGUUUGACUAAAGCAGAGACCGGGAGAGAUCCUGAUGCUCUGAAGAGAGCAUACCACAUGAUUAAAGGUGAAACUGCAGAGAAGACAGUCUCAGAAACUAAGCGAUUUUGUCCUGAGCUCUACGUGCUCUGUGCCGAACAGGCUCUUCAGUUGGGCAAUGGAGAUAUUGCAGAAGAUUGCCUGAGGAUUUACUUGGAAGGAAAUCCCCCAGCUAACCAGUUCCUAUGUCGGGCCUACCUCUGCCAAGGCCAGCUGUACCCUCCACAGAGCACAGCCAGUGUGGAGGAGGUGGAGAAGGCUCUGAUGUACUUUUUAAAGGCUAUAGAGAUUGUCAGAGACAAGCCCAGAUAUCACUUUCUGGUGUUCAACGCCUCGGUGUUGUACUUCCGGGCAGCAAGGCCACUCCUGAGACCGGGUCAGCGUCGGUACCUGGUCUCCACACUCUCAGAGGUGGUCAGAGUCUUGGACCAAGUUCAGGAGCUGGACUACGAUUGGAGAGCUCAGCUUAUGCUACAGCUUGUUGAAUGCCUUGUAGAUGCUGGGAAGAGCAAGGAAGCCGCCUGCUUUGCGAAGGUCACCUCAGACUUUAUAGAGACUCAUAAACCAGACCUCUAUCCCAAGAUCUUUGCCUUACAGGUGCGGCAUAAGCUGGCUGAUCUCUCCAAAACGUUGAAGAAAGGGAAUCCCAUUUUGUCUGUCAUUUACAAAAUGGAGACUCUUAAACAUACAGUAGAAUUGAAUGAGGUCAAGAAAGAAGACCUAAUGAAGCUGCAAGAGAUUUUCCAGUUGCUGAUCCAGUCGCCUCAAACCCAGACUCCUGGCACAGCCUAUCAGAAUUCCUGCCCUGGGCUUGAUAAUGCCUCUUUCAUCCAUUUGGCCUACAGGACUGAGGUCCUCUUGGAGUUGGCCUUUCUCUCCAUGCAGCUAAACCUACACCAAGUAGCCACAGACUGCCUGGCUGAGAUGAGAGCUUCUGAGGUUUCUAACGUUGGCCAGCGCAUUAUGAUGGAGUGCAUACAGUGUGAACUGGACUUGUACAAGCAGAGAGACAGAAUUGAGGAUUAUUCCAAAAGCAGAGUUGAGGCCCAGUUGAGUGUGAUUAGCAGGUUGGAUGUGUUACUGCAGAGUGCUGUGAGGGAAGGGGACAUUCAGGCCACACAUGCUGUGUGUGCAUCUCAGUGGAAUGUCUGCCUACCCCUCCUCCAGCGCAACCUCCGAAAAAACAUCAAAAAUCAACUAACUCGAGUUGCACAAGCACUGGAGGACACACACAGCGUGCUGCUAGAGAUGCGUUGCCAGUUACAUUCAGAGCUGGCUGCUAUAGAGGAAGAUGAGGAACGUCUGGAGCCGGCUGUGAGACAUCUGCAGAAAGCGCUGGACCUGGACCAGGGAGGCCUGUAUCAUGACCGCCUCUCCACCUCCCUGCACCUCCUCAAACUCCGCUUAUCCCUCUAUAACACCCCGAGCUGCCCAGAGGACGUCGCUGCCAAACUCAUACAGCAGGCAAAGGAAGGGAGUGGUCAUGAGAAGGUGAAGAGACGGCGCCCCAUUCUGGUCGGUGCUGGUAUUGCUUUGGCACCUGACACCUUCCAGAUGGUUCUGGAUGCAGACAGUGAGGCCAAAGUGUUUUCAGGGAGCAGUGGAGAAACCAAAGUAGCUCAGCUUGCAGCCAAGGCCCAGCACCACACUUCCUGCAUGCAGAAGAUUGAAGGCCAUCUGAGCAGACAAGGGAACAGCCGAAAUUACAGGAAAAGGGUGAAGUUGUGGGCGGCCCUUGCAAAAGCCUCCCGGAAACAGGAGGUGUGGGACGUGUGUCGUGCAGCUUGCCGUUUUUGCCUGCUCUAUGACGACAGGCCAUGGACAACUCCCAAAAAGGAGCGCGGCCUAAUUGACUAUGCAGAGAAGGAUUUACUGCGGCUGCUGGCUGAAGUCCACUUCAUUAAUGCUGAGGCAACCGUGCAUAAACUGCGGUCUGAGGGAGUGGAGCUCAAUGGAGCUGCUGUCCUACCUGAUGAAAGAUGGAAACGCGCAUCUGAUGAUGAUCCCCAGUGGAUUCUGUACAGAGACUGGAUCCAGAGCUUGUCUGACUAUGCCACUGCUAAUUUCAUCAGAGGGGCGGAACUGGGAGUUGAGCUCGGUGAGGCAUGGUUGGUGGCUAAUGCGGCUGUUUACCUAUGGAACUACAACAGAGAGCAGCUGGCCAGCAAGGAGUAUCAGCAUCUACUGCCCACAUUCAGCAAGCUGGUGGAACUCCUCAAACAGACAGGCCAUGCAGGGGAGGUAGCACUUCUCGUCCUGUUGUGUAACACUGUUGCUCAGGGUCUUAUCCAGCCCUGUUGUGUCACACCUGGAUCAGCCAAUCAGGAGCAGCAAGACAAGGGAAAGGGUGGGACCCAGCCACAUGCUGAGAAGACUAAGAAAGGCACUGUAAGAGGCACAGAGAAACCUGGAAGUUCCCAUGGCCUACAGCAACUGGACCCUGCUGCCCUGGCAGACACUAAGAAGGCUCUCGAGCUCUGUGACUAUGCUCUGCAUCUUUCCAAUGGGAAUGAAACAAACGUGCCCAUUGCUGUGAGGAAACAGGUCAUUACCACUUGGGUGAAAACAAAACAGCUCCUGCAGCAGCAGAUUGGACAUAAACUGGACACUGAUGAUGAGGGUAAGAACGAAGUAGUGAUGGCCAUGUCACGUGUGUUGGUUGCCGUGGAGAUGCUGCUGUGUAACAGUAAUGUCACACUGAUGGAGUUUACAGUACCCAGUCUGAGUUUGCUGGUGCGCAUGGCCACUGACUGUAAGUGGAGCGACUCUGUGGUGGAGCUCCAUGUUUGGCUUCAGCUGGCUCGUUCUGCCCAUCAGGCUGCUGACCACGACACUGUCAUAACCUGUACCAACAAUGCCCUGCAGCUGGAGCGCUCUGCCACACAAAGGGCAGGGGUCGCAGCCUACGGCCUGUACAAUGUGAGUGCGGUGCAGGAGAUGCUGAGCAGUGUGGCAUGUCUUAGAGGACUGAGCAUGCUCAAUGAAUCCAGUGGCCAUCCACAGAGCUACAGAGCAGCACUGGACAUGCUGCAGUCCAGUGUCAGUUAUGCAGAGAAAGCUGGGAGUUCUUCUCUGUGUGUGGCUGCAGUAACUCAUUACUGGAAUGCCUGUUUGGCUUUACUGAGCACACCAGAAGAGAGACGACAGCUUAGAGAACCUCUGGAGACAAUUCUGAAAGCUAUGACUGUCAUCAGUGCUAAACAGCCCGCUGACAGAAGACAGAAGCACACUGCCCUGAAUGGAACACCCCAAGGACCUGUGACGUCACAACUGGACAUGCAUAGUGAGGGUAAUACGGGGCCUGACCUACCUGUAAAAGCCGGGAUGUACUAUGUACUAUUUCACAUCUAUGAAGACAGGGGUGACUGGAGAAGAGCCCUGCAAAUGCUGGACCAUGCUAUUACGGAGAUGCCACGCAAUAGACACAGAAUGCUCCUGUUAAAGCAGCGAGUGCUGUUGAAAGCUCGGCUUGGAGAGUGUAUGCUGUUGGACCUGCAGAAGCUGAGGGAAGAAAAGGAGGAAUACUUGUCUCUCACAUGGAUUAAAGUGGCAUUGUGUGCCACUGACACCCUACAGCAACUGCAGAGCUAUCAAAACGCCAUUACAGCUCUACAGAGUGUGGAAGGACAGUUACAGAAGGCAGAAUAUCUCCUGGAGUUUGGAGAGUGGCUGUACUAUAACCAUUUCCCUCUGGCUGAUGCGCUGAUGCAGAUUCAUUGGGCCAUAGACAUUCUCCUAUUCAUGAUCCCUGAAACUAAGGAAGAACCAGAGGAGACUGAGGAGGAGGGAGUGGGUGUUGCCUCGGGGAAGGAUCUGUCUCAGGUUGGUGUUGAGAGAGAUGUGUGUAUGCCGUGUCUCUCUGAGCUGAAGGAGCUGAAGCGGCUGGACAAUCUUGUCCGAGCCCACACACUGAUUGCGUUCAUGGAAGACCGGACCUCACCCACAUACCAGCAUAACUUACUCUUGGCCUACACCUUUGUGCUCCAGAUCUGGCAGGUAUCCAUGGCAACAGCACAGGGGAUCAUCAAAGAGAUGAGUAGGAACCCACCAGUUCCUUCCGAUCGGCCCGUGCUCUCAGCCGCGUCCAAAAAAGAGAAGGAAAAAGGCAAAAAGCCUAAAGAGUCUCCUUUGGUGGAGGACAAGCCCAAAGUAAAAGUUCUAGAGUCCGUCCUGCCGUCCUCCCCAGAGGAGUGGGCUCAGUACGAAUGUCCAGAGGAGGUGCGAGAGGUCUUUAGGAGUGACUCCGGAGCUCACUGCAUCAACACCAGGAGCCUGAACGUGCAAACUCGGACACUGUAUUUCCUUGACCUGCUGGUGAGAGAGCUGGAAUCUGCAUCUCUACACCAUUUGACUUUUGUCCCUCUCCAUCUCGCUGAGGUCAUUGCCCAUGACCUGUGCAGGAACGCCAGUCUCUCUGACCUGUACCGUCUCAGAAUAGUCAAGAACUGCUGUGACCUUGGUCUGGAGUCUGCAUCCCCCUACCGUGAGAAAGUGUCUUCCAUUCACGAAGAGGAACAAAUGGAGUGCCAGAACACAGUCAUAGUCCAGCGGGAGAGAAAUGGCUUUCACUCAGAAUCUGGUGCCCACGGCACUUACAAGAGGGCAGUGGAUGACUGCAGUGUGUUGACUAGGAAGCAGGUGAAUGGACUGAGUGUCUGGGACAUCUGGAUGGAUAAAGCUGAUGUGUGUUUGAAGUUGGGCCUGUACCAGUCAGCCGGACACCUUCUCACGCAGUCACAGGUUUUAGUUAAGGAACUCGGAGACUGUAGAGGACUAGCUAAAAGCUUCCUCUUGCAGGCUAUCUUGGCCAAUCAGCAGCAGAAUUAUAGUCAGGCUUUGGCUCUGCUGAAUGAGGCCCAGGAUGUGGGAGGUGAUGAGGAGUUCUGGUACCAAGUUACUCUAGCUCUGCUGGAAGCCACAGUGGGGCAGGGAGGAGAAGACACAUAUACACAAGUGUGUCAGAUUGCAGAGAGAGCCUGCAGUGUUCUCUCAUCAGCACUGGAACAGCGAGGCAACCGGGCUAGGCUUCUUCGCUAUUACAUCGCAUCUAUAGAGACUAAGGCGUCGGCCUGGCGUGUGCAUUUGCUGACUCCUCCAGUGCCUAGCGUGGCUCUGUGUGACCAGUCAAUGGAAAGAUUAACCUCAGUCACCCUCACACUUCAGUACUGCUCUGCCCAACUGCUGCAGCUGGGCUACACAACACAGGCCGCAGAGGCUGUCUACCAGCAGGCACAGACGCUCAGGCUACUGGCCGUGCACACAUCUGAUAAGGAAGAGAAACAGCGCCACCUACUGGAGUGCCUCUCCCUCCUGCAGCAGGCUGUGUCCCUACAGGAGGGUGUGCUUUUCCAUACCCUGAGUGUGUUCACACCUCAGCAGGCUGGGGAUGUUAGCCUGCCAGCUGAGAGAGUGUGUGUGCGGUUCAGAUUGACUCUGGUUGACUUGGCUUUGUUCUUAUUGGAGCUGUGGUGUGUUGAGAAGAAGCAGCGUGCUCAAUCCCUGGACAGAAAGCCGUCCCUCCAGAGAGCAGUGGAGGAGUACAUUAUGAGCAGUGCUGAUCUAAGCCCACUGGAACAGGAGUGGCGGAGUGUGUGUCAUACACUAGGACAGGUGAUCCUGACUCAGCUCUGCACCGUCAACACACACUCUCGCUCUUGUGCAAAGACCAGGGCCCGCGUGCUUGGAAUGAUGGGAAAAUGUCUGAGGCUGCUGGCCCUACAGAAAGAUCCACUGUACCUCACUACUUUGUGGGAGACACCCGUCAUGGAGGAUGGAAAGAUGGAGCUGAGGGAUAUGGGAGAUCUGGAGAAGGAUGAAGGGAGCACAGAUGACAGUGGAGAGAGGAGUGAAGAGAAUAAGAAAGCCCAUGUUGCUAAAGGGGCUGAGCUACUGGAGAGGAGGCUUGCGGCACAGCAGCUGCUUGCCCAGGCCAGUGAGACUCUGGCCCAGUCUGUCGCUCUGAGUCUGCAGCUCAACCUGCCCACAGUUCUGUCCCAGGCAUGCACAGACAUGCUGGAGUGCCACGGCCUGUUUGACGUGACCGCCAGCGGACAGUACCUCGCCCUGCUCCAGAGCUGUUGCUGCUGUGUUGAGAUGGCUGAACUGCUGAACUUGGCCUGUUCUAACACCACCGAGUCUCGGCUCUCUGGCUUACUCCACUUACAAAGGAAGCUGGAGUCCACAUAUGGCCAGGUCCCCAGCACCCUUCUCUCAGAGCUACACCACUCCCUCAGCACCACCUCCAAGGCCUAUUCUCAUCUGACUAUAAACCCAAACCACUUGAACAUUCUGCCUGAGCUGCCUCCCAACCUGAAGAUCUUACUGCUGCAGCACUCGGAGAAUGGAUCAGAGCUCUACGGCGCUUUCUAUGAGAGACCCAAAGUAACAGAAGUUCAGAAAGGGAAGAAUGCACAGGCUGCAGGUACAUUAACCUGUACUAGAGUGGCUAAAGCCUCUGUUCGUCCAGCUGCCCUGCUCCAGCUCAGACAGAGAGUACGGGUCUUCAGACAACAAACCGGGCACGCUCUUGUGAGAGAGUCACAUCGUCAUAAUAACAUGGCAGACGGACAGUAUACACAGACGAUGAAUGACUCCGAAAGUAAGAUGGCCUCCUUGUUCGAUGCCAUAGUAGAGAAGAUGGAGGAAUAUCUGGAUCCUGUCCUUUCUCAGUUUGACUUCUCUUGCUUCAGACCGCACUCUCCAUCGAUAUCCAUCGCUGAGGCCGCCCGACCCAGAGACAAGGAGGAGAGAGCGGCCACAGAUAAAGCCCAGCCUGCGGGAUCUCCUGCCGAGCUGGGCGAGUAUGUGGUGUUGCUGGCUGACUGGAUGUUACUGGAGCUGCCAUUAGAAGCUCUUGCUUUCCUGCAGCAGACAGGCAUCAGCUCUGUGUCACGAGAUUUCUCCCUGCAGGUCCUUCAUUCACGACUACACAAACCAGUUGAAAGUGACCAGAGGAAGGACAGCAAAAGUGGAAAAGGAGCGAAGGGCAAAGGAGAUCAAAGCAGAUCCAUCAAAGUGGCACCGGUUAACCGCGUACUCCCCCCUCAUACUCUCCCAGUGGACACCCACAACUUCAAAUAUAUUGUUGAUCCACGCAAUGAAGCAGCAGAGCCCGGAUGGUGCGGUCCUGCAGAGAGAAUACAGAGAAUUUUGGAGACGUACGCACAGCCCUUCACAUCUCACUGGGAAGGAACUGUGGGCAGUGAACACAGGUUAGGAAUAUGUGUGCUUAUGUGCAGCCUUACAGAUGUGAUGCAUCUCAUGACAAACUGCAGUGCUUUCGUCUUCUCUGGUGCCGAGCCUCUCCUUUCAAAUAUUCCUCCAUCAAAACUGGCCCUCCUCAACCUGUCUGAGUGCCAAAUGGUCAUUCUGUUUGAACUGGUCCAGAAUGGCACCAGCAUGCUGUCCCAGUCCACAGAGGAUGUCCAGAACAGUUUGGCUCAGCUGGCUCUGAAGGCCUCUCUGCACACAGCAGGUUUGUUCAGUCUGAGUGGAGUUCACUCCAUCAUGCUAAACCAGUGGCCCUGCAGCGCCAGUACCAGUGCUCACAACAUGGACUCUGUCAUGGAGAAUCUUUUGAAAGUAGGACUUUCUUCAGGCCAGACUGUCCAUGCACUGCGAGCACAGAAUAAGCAAAAAGAUGAGAGAACUUUCGAAAAUAAAGUGGCUACCCCGGGAACAGGAGAGGGAGAGAGGAUGGAGACGCCGACCAUGAAGGUCAAUAAAAAGUUCAGCUCGUUGGUCUCCACCAACUCUCAGCUCCGCCAAGACAUCGAGACCAUGAGAGGAGAAAGGGACAAGUUCAUGCAAAUGCAUUGCAAACUAAAGAAGGAAUUAUGGGAAACCCAUCAGAAAAAGAGACAAGUCCUGGAGGAGGCCAGAGAGAACAUUCAUUCGAGGGAGGAGGCUCAAGCACGAAUAUCCCGAGCCUUUGACCAGCACUUCAAGGAUGAUGAGAAUUGCGUGAGUGAGAUUCAAGAGAUCUUCCGAGAACUGGGACACACGCAGAGAGAGGAACACUUUUUGGAGGAGAAGAACAAAGCUAGAGAACGUCAUGAGAAUUUCUAUCUCGCUGUGGAGAGGAGAGCGGCCAGGGAGCGGGAGCAGAGGGUGAACACACAGGUUCAGCUGAAUCAGUAUGAGGUUGCUGUGAAGAAGAUCAGUAACAUCAUAGAGAACAGAAGUCUGAACAAGCAGCCAGGGAGUGAGAGGAAGGGGAGGGGCUCCGAACCUCAGGCCAACACCCAAACAGAGUUCCCCCACCUGCUACAGGAGACGGGAGCAAGGAGGCGCUGUACUUUGGUGGGACCCAUAUUCAGGGAGGCAGUGGCUGGAUUUGGGGCAGAGGGAGGGGUGGAGCGGAGGGGGAGGAGGUUAACGGAGCGUCGACGGCGCUCCACCUUCAUGCAAGGCCUUUGGGAGGAGGAGCAAGACAGACUGAGAGAACUGGCCCACGUUGCCUUGGUACAGCAGAAAGCCCAGGAAGCUCCACCUGCUGGUUUUGAUGCCCAGAUCUUCUAUGAAACCUACAUGGAGAGAGAGGACCUAAACUUUGCACUCUUCAAUUAUGUAUCAGAGCAGAACAGACAGAUUGUGGACAUCAGCAAAGAGGUGGAUCAGCUCAAGAAGAUUAUCGAGCUACAGGAAAGGAGCGUGUCAGCAGAAGAGCGAUCGUAUCGGGACCAAAUUUGGGAGCUGGGUCAGAGCUGCCAGCGGGCCGCCCAAGUUUCCGAAGCUUUCCAAACAGCUGUGGGAAAGUACAGCCGGACCCUGAGCCUGGUCAAAGCAGGUGUGCUGGGUUUAGCCUCUCAGGCUGGUAUCGACCACAUCCCCUUAGAGACAGGUGGAGAGUGGACUGAUGACAGCGUUACCACAACGAUCCUCAGUUUGUUAGGACAAACAGAGCAACGUGUGACUGAACUCAUGACCAUCCGUUCUUUCCAAGUGUACCAGGGCAUGCACAGCUCUGGUGAGAAAAUAGAGUCCAUAUCUUCUAUACUGGGAAUAUCCAAACCAAUCAAGCUUCCAGAUAUUGAGUUUCAACCUCCUGGGGCCAGAUGCACUAUCUCUGACAACCUCAUAAUCAGUUAG